UGUGUGUAAAAGAUGUCUGCUCCACACGGGCCCCGGGGCGGCCCUGGCCCUGCUGCUGCUUCUGCUGCUGCCUCAGCGGCCGGCGCCAUGCCGGAGAUGCCGGACCUCAGCCAUCUCACCGAGGAUGAGAGGAAGAUCAUCCUCGGUGUCAUGGACCGACAGAAGAAGGAGGAAGCGAAGGAACAGUCGAUGUUGAAGAAGUUGCACCAGCAGUUUGAAUCGUAUAAGGACCAGGUUAAGAAGAUGGGAGAUGAGACUAAGCCGGCUCUGGAUCAGAAGAGCGAAGCCCCAACCUGUGGGAUAUGCCACAAAACCAAGUUUGCCGAUGGCUGUGGCCACCUCUGUUCAUAUUGCCAAACGAAAUUCUGUGCUCGGUGCGGAGGACGGGUGUCUCUGCGGUCAAAUAAGGUUAUGUGGGUAUGCAACUUGUGCCGAAAACAACAAGAAAUCCUCACCAAGUCGGGGGCGUGGUUCUACAGCUCGGAAGCCGGUCAGGUGCGGGGUGUGUUUGAGGGCGGGCCACAGGGGAAGAAGGCCAAACUGCAGGACCCGUCCCUGUACCCCUACCAGGGAGCCCCAGGGGACUUGAAACCAGCGUCAGACAGAAGCAGAGCACGUGGUGGGCUCCUGCCCAGACAGGGGUCCCUUGACAACGGUGCAGGGCUGAGGUACUCGGGACCAGGCGACGAACCCAUAGAAAGCUGGGUCUGA